AUGAAAAGAGAAAAUGAAUUCAAAUUUCAAGCAUCAAAUUUUGUCGGAGCCUUGAACGAACUUUUGAAGGGAGUGGUACCACUAUCGCCUGAAGACGAUCCCUCACUAAACAGUAUCUUUCAGAAUAUGACCAAGAAGACCAAUGAAGCUUGGCUCAACAAACUUCGAUCCAAUAAGAUUGUAGAAGCCAACAUUUUCAAACACUUGCAUGCCGAGUUGAGUAAUUUGCCAUUCGUGUAUCCAUGUUGUCAACACAACGAGAAAUGCAAAAGUUUCAUGAUGGAUCAACAAACACUGAUGGGAAACGAGACCUUUUAUCUGGGGCGCUUAUUGGACUAUCAGAAAUUACCAACAGUGAAGGAAUUGCUCCAACUCGAUUCGAAUGCUUCGAGAGGUCUCAAAAAUCUGGCGCUUCUCGAAGAGCAAGGUGUCGAUGUGUUCGAUGAGCUCAGUAAGUCCUAUUUUGCUGCACAAGCAAACGCUAAGCAGCCACGUGUCAUGACCAAUAUUCAACUCGGACAUCAGAUUCGCUUUCUUACUUCGCUGAUUUCUCUCUUUCUUAACAGCGAUGAAGAGAAGGAAAAGCUGACAAACCUUAUUCAGACUCCAAAUCCAGAGAGCCAAACUUUGCCAUCCUCGCAAUUCAAGAAUAUUUUCAUGGACAUUAACCGAUUGCCCGUUUCGGCUAGUUGUCCAAAUCUUGGUGCAUCCAAGAAGGUCAAUUCAGGUUUGGGUCUCUUGUUUCAACAGCAACAACAAGGUGAUAACACCAAAAAGAAUGAAGAGAACUGCCAGUCACCACCUCAAAACUCUUCGUCACCAUCAUCUCAAAUUUUCAAACCAAGCGAAGCCUUUUUCCACUCCCAUCUCUUCAUGCUGACAGUAGUUGGUGAGAACAGUAAGAAUGUUCUCGAAUUUAAAACUCAUUUGAGAAGAAUUAUUUAUCAGUGUAUGAGCGACUUGGUAACCUCAUAUCAGAGUCAUGUGACUACCAACCAAAACUCUGAACUUCAACCUCUCCGAUCCAUUGGUGUCAUGUAUGAUCGAUACAGAAUUUAUCUCAUUGAAUUUAUGCUAAGUACAGACUCUGAGCAUAGAUGUAUUGUGAUGGAUGCCAUGGGUAUUAAUUAUUCAGGAGCUGGUCAAGGAAUGGCUCUCGUAUUCAAUAUUCUCAGUCAAUACUUGAAAGCUCAAUGCAAAGGAAUUGACGAAAAUGAGGAUCAGUCUUGUCCAACCACAAGUACUACAGUUGGGGAAGGACAAUUCUCUCACAAACCACUCUCCUAUUUUGAUUCCAAGUACAUUUUCACUCAACUCAAACUCACCUAUCAUGAAGUUAAAAAGGCCAAUUCAUCCCAUGCUUCACUGUCAAUGAGUACAACGUGCCUUGACCAAGUCGUCUCAGCACCAUGCAAUACUUUUUCCAACAUUAGUGAAGGGCUUCAUACUGGUAGUGUGAAUAAUAGCCUUAACAAAAGCAGUUCACAUUCCUCACGAAGCAGUCACAAUAGCUCCUUAAACAACAGUAAUAAUAAUGCAUCUGAAACUCAGAACACUUGUAACGGAAUGAAUAACAACAACACAAGCCCUGCUAAUGGUAUACGGCAUCUGGUAAAAUCAGCCUCAUUCCAAUCCGACGAAAACUCAUUAUUGAAUUUGGAAACAGUGACUGAAUCAUCAUGCUCCAUUCUAGCACAACAAGAGAGCAUUCUGCAUGGAGCUUUCAGUCACCACCAUCACUCUCUGCUGCUUCCCAACACGGCACAGAAUGUCUCGCAUGGCCAAUGUCACUCUCCACCCUCCACCAAUGCAAUCAUUUCAAGAACUUCGACUACAUCACCUCUCUCCAUGAGUAAGCCAAUCUUGAAUAGACCCUCUCUAUUUGGCAACAACAACACAAUGUCACAUUCAACAUCUUCAUUACCAAUUCCUUCUAGUUCUUCUGCACCAGUCUCUGCAAAAGGAAUGAAAAUUUUCCAAAGGUCGAAAGCCAUUCUUAGCGAUGCCACUAAUUUCAAUUAUUUUGACAAAUUCAAAAAUGUAGUGAAAGGACCCAACAACACUCCAGGUCAGCAUCAACAAUCAUCUCCACAACGUAUUGUAAAUAACAACUUGACAUCAUCCUCUGUUGCUAGUAUUCCAACUUCUCGAGGAAGAAGUAGCACUAUCGUAGGAGGGUCAAAGAAUAAUCCAGCUGUAAAUCUAACUUCCUCUCUAUUUUAUGAAAUGAAUAAAUAG